GAAGCGGGUGGACAGUGAGACGAAGCUACGGUCACUCGGUCGCUCGGGCCGGCCCUCUUUUUACUCGUGAGAACAAACAAAACGACCGCCAAAAGAAAUGGCGCUAGCGUGGGUGUUGACUGAUGGCAAUGAAUUAGGAGGGGGCCAAUGAACUCAUUGUUGUCUGCUCCGGCUCUGCCCUGUGCUCCGGGUGAAAGGUCGGUCGGGGCGGCGACUGUGGGCUUGUUCUCGGCCAAUGGCGGGGCGGACGGGAGGGCGGGGCACCAGAGGGCAGCGCCCAGGAGCGUCUCGUCUUCGUCGCCGUCGUCCCACGCUCGCUGGCUGCCCUUGGCCGCGCCUUGCCCUGUGGCAUUGUCGCACUCGGUCUCCGCCUCUUUGCGCCGUCGUGUCCGCGUCCCAAUCUGGCUGUCGGGAUCGAUCUCCCCUCGACGCACCACGCAGUCUCCACUGCUCAACCCACGACACGACGACCCCACUUCCCCUCGCACACCCCUCCCACACCGGGCUGCCUUGGUCUACGACGAAGCCCGCCGACCGCUUAUCGAAGUCUGAGAAGGAAGAAGUCUAAUCGACGGGCAACGGCAAUCAGGAGCGUAUCGUUCUCACGUCGUCAUCGCGUCGCAUCAUCGUCGCCUCGCAGCAUCGCAUCCGAACCGCUUCCCAUUCCUGUGGGUCGCGGAGCUCGUCGACGACUAAUCGACAUCGCAUCGCCAAGCAAGUUGCGUUCAAGUAGC